AUGAAGGCCCUCAAUGCUACCGUUUCCAGCGGCGGGUGGCAUACCGAGGAGGACGCAUGCUACUGUGAUACCACUAGACGGCAGUAUACCCCUGACUACCCGGUCGGUCCAUCUGUCAAAAAAUGGCACGGUGGAAUCACAUCGCCUCCUACCACGACGGCAGCAGGCAGUUAG